UCGUAGGGAGUCGAUAGUUUCGCAGACCAAAGACUGGAAUUGUCAAUACCAGGAGUCGGUUUAUUCAGCCACGCAAAUAUUUCCAGUUUUUAAGCGACGGUAAUAGAGAACCAUGUCUGCUGACGGCGCUACUGAUUCUGCUCCUGGUACCGGUGGUCUUCAGCCUGGAGAAGAUGGAGGCAUUGUGGGGGGGCCAAGAACCCCACAACAGAUUGCAGCCCAGAAGAGGUUACAGCAGACCCAGGCACAAGUGGAUGAAGUAGUGGGAAUAAUGAAGACAAAUGUGGAGAAAGUCCUGGAGAGAGACCAGAAGCUGUCGGAACUGGAUGAUCGAGCAGAUGCCCUGCAGCAUGGGGCCUCACAAUUUGAGCAGCAAGCUGGCAAACUCAAGAGGAAAUUCUGGCUGCAGAACCUUAAGAUGAUGAUCAUUAUGGGAGUAAUUGGUUUGGUAAUAUUAGCCAUCAUUGUAGUCAAGUUCAUGCCUGAGUCGAAUCCCACCAGUCCACCCUCAGUGUAUUACCAACAACAGCCAGCAGGUGGUGUUGAUGCUGCCAUCCCAGCUGGAGCACCAGCAUCUGCCCCAGGCACCACAGAUACCAAGCCUUCAGCCUAAACUGUAUACCCCCAGGUCUGCUUUCAACCCUUUGGCAUAGCAACCAAAACUGAAAUAAUGAAUUUGUAGCUCUCAAGCACUGCAAAUUAGCUUAAAGGAAUACAUUAAAAAACUGAUGCCAGCAGAUUGAGAGAUUAUAUCUGAUCAUAUUCUGUCUUAUUUUUGGAAAGGAGUGAGGCAUGGUACAAAACUCGAUAUUACAGUUUGGGUUCCUUGGCUUAUGCAAUAAAUGGUUGCCCUCUACAAAGCCUCAUACUAUGUUUCCUCUCACUUCUUCACCUGGGUUCACAAAUGGCAUGGCACUCUACCAUAAAGAAAACGUUUCGAAUAUUGGGGGGGGGGAAGCAAAACUGUCCCUUGCAGAUAGGUAAAUGUAGCGCGAGGCACCAACUUAUGGAACACCAAACACGUAUGAGCGAGGUUAUCAAUAAUUUGUGGCAGAGUUUUGUUUGGGUGGGCUACAUAGCAUAACCUCCUGUACAGAAAAUUGUUAUUUAAUCAGUGUGAAUUAAGUGGCUGUCCAUUGCGACAGGCACUCAACAAUUGUUUUGCCAUUGUUUUCAAGUAGCCUUGUAUCUUACUGAAUCUCACGAUUUUAUAAAGUAGUUUGCUCUCCUUUUUGUGUAGCCUAUCACAUGCAUCUACAAGACUGCUCAGCUUAUAGUAGUGUUUCCCCUUGCCUUUUAGUUGUUGUAUGUAUAUAUCAGAGCGAUGUAAAAUUGGAAUGUUUGCAGCACUCUGUUUUCCACAAUUUAUCGACAAUAUUGUCUGCCCUGUCCCUGUAAAAUAGCUGCAUCUCAAAGUAAGGCGGGAAAAGAAGAAAACACCAAAAUGAAAUUUUGCUUAUUUUCAUGGCACUCAACUGUCUUACUGCCCGAGGGGGGAUGUGUGUUGCUCAAGGGUGAGGCACAUGCCUCUGGUAUCCAGGGGUUGCAGGUCUGAGCUUGUCUGAUAACGCAUCAUCUCAUGGCAAAGGUAUCAAGAGGAACAUACUCAUAGUUGGCAUUAUUUGGUUUCUGUUUUUGAGAUUGCUGUGCAUUGAGAUUUACUUGCCACAGCGUUUGAGGUUGCAGUGUGCCCUCAGCCACAGAGCUAGUAGCAUGGGACAGCCUGUGGCCAAUCCUGUUAAAGUGGACCAAGUCCUAAGAGCUAAUAAUAAUAUGAGCCAGUGUCUCUGACAUGAAUUUUAAAAUUCAUUCAGGUACUUACAUAUUAACAGGUGCCUCAAGUAACUUCAAAAUUUACAUCAUGUUGUCUGCCACAUUAGAACACUCAACCUCAAAAGUUUAUUUGUAAAAACAAGACCUAGAGCCUAACCUCAUAAUCUAUCUCCAACUAGUCCACAGGGUUAGGCUUUGGGUUUUAUUUUUAAAAAUAAAUAUGUAGUAACUUUUUAAGAUCAGGUUUUGUUUUCACACUGAAACUGCUAGGGCUGACAGGAUUAAUGUGGUGGACAAAACAACAGUAGAUCUGUUACUUGGAUCACUUAUCAAUGUAUAAAUACCUCUGUUUAACACCGGCAGGUUGGGGGCCCUGAUCUGUAACAUAACAUUCUGUAAUUUGUGUAAUCUAGCUUAGGCAUUGAUUUAUUCUCUUACCGCAAGAAUCAUACAUUUUGUAUUAAGGACAUGGAAGGCCUAUGAAACUUAGCAACCCUCGGACUGCUGUGUAGUUCUCCUGUUCCCCGUCUUUUUGUUCUCAUCACAGUCCGUCUUUUGUUAAACAACUCAAUUUGUGUGUUGAAAUAUAAAUAUUUUAUUUAAGAAAGAUAUGUGGCAACAGUGUAUCAUUAUAAUUAUUGUGAACAAUUUCAUGAAUUCACACAUGAAAUGUUUGCCCAUUGUAAAAUGCUGUUUACAAAUGUUUUCUUUUUUCCUAUGUAACAACAUACAUGUAAUAUUUGUGUAUAGAAAAAUGUAAAGUUAAUACUGAUACUGUAAAGUUUAGUGGGUAUAAAUAUUAAAUAUCACAUUUCUUUUA